AUGUCGUGGCAAGCCUAUGUUGACUCCAGCCUGGUCGGCAGCGGCCAUAUUGACAAGGCUGCUAUCAUCAGUGUUGCGGGUGAUAGUGUCUGGGCCACUUCGAGCGGAUUUACGAUCAAGCCUGAGGAGAUGAAGAACAUCGCCAAUAUCGUAACUCAAAGUGCUGGCGCCGUCGAGAAGGCCCAAGCAGAUGGUAUCCACGUUGCGGGCGAGCGAUACGUUGCCUUCCGGAUUGAGGAGCGGAGUGUCUACGGACGACAGGGCCGAACGGGUGUCGUUAUUGUCAAGACAAAGCAGGCUAUUAUAGUUGGCCACUACGGCGAGGCUCACGUAGCUGGCAACUCGACCCAGACCGUCGAGGCGUUGGCCGACUAUCUCAUCAAGGCCGGAUACUAG